AUGUCAUUCACAGGAACAUUGGAUAAAUGCAAAGCUUGUGAUAAGACUGUUUACUUUGUUGAUUUGUUGUCUGCUGAUGGAAUAACUUAUCAUAAAUCUUGCUUCAAAUGCACACAUUGCAAAGGAACUCUUGUGAUGAGCAACUACUCCUCCAUGGAUGGAGUCCUCUAUUGCAAGACACAUUUUGAACAACUUUUUAAGGAAUGUGGAAAUUUUAGCAAGAACUUUCAGACUUCACCUAAGCCUGACAAGGAAAAUGCAUUGGCAAGAACUCCAAGCAAACUCUCUGCCAUGUUUUCUGGAACCCAAGACAAAUGUGCGGCCUGCACCAAAACUGUCUAUCCACUUGAAAAGGUGACAAUGGAGGGAGAAUCAUUCCACAAGUCAUGUUUCAAAUGUGCUCAUGGAGGGUGUCCACUUACACAUGCAACAUAUGCAUCACUUGAUGGAAUCCUCUAUUGCAAACAUCAUUUUGCACAACUCUUCAUGGAGAAAGGCACUUAUCAACAUGUCCUUGAAGCUGCAAAUAAUAAGAAGAAUGCUGAUCAAGCAGCAGCUAAUGAAGUAGUUGAAAAUGAGGCUACAACAACAGAAGAGCAACCAGAAAAGGAACCUCAUGAGGAAGAGUCACAAGAAUAACCCUAAGAUAUUGGAUUAUUGAU